AUGAAAGAUACUGUCGUCAAAGGGUCUCUCAAACUGAAGAAGGUGUCCUCCGAUGCGCCGAAGAAAGCAAAGAAGAGCAAAAAUGCUUCCGGAAGUGGCCCACACAAAACUGAAGCCGAGCUUCGGUUCGAGGCAAGAAGGCAGGCGAACAUGGCCGAGAGAAUGUUGAAGAGAGCUGCUGUCAGUCAUCGUGAGAAGGUAGAAAAGUUCAACAAGCAAAUGGAGGAAAUGACCGAAUUCAACGACAUUCCAAAAGUUUCUUGGACCAAGUAG